UUGACCGGUGUCUGCAGGCAAGAGGUAGUUGUAUGCAUAUAAAGUUGGGGGAACCACCAUUGACCGAUUCACGAGCAUCCACACUCUUUGAUUCUAAGUUCGAGUCACUCUUUCAAUCCCAUUCUUCCUCGACCAAACGUCUGUGACGUUUUCCAGAGUCUAUCUUAAAUCCAGCACUUUGACAGUCACCAACAUAAUCAUACUUCCUAUUCACAAUGUCUACUAGAUUUGUUGCCACUAUGCUGCUCGCAGCCGGCCUCGCAGCUAGCAAGCCUAUCACGAGCCUUCAUGCUCUUCGAGACCUCAGCUCCCAAGCUGCACUGCCGCAAGCCGAUGUCUGUGUAGACUCAGCUUCCGGCAUGACCUCUGCUUUCGUUGCUCUCGAUUCUAGAGCCCGUCAAGAGAUCACGCAAGUUACGGUUGACCAAGUUCUCGCCGUUGAGAUUGAUAUCAACGGUGACAACAAGAACGGUAACGACAAGAACGGUAACGACAAGAACGGUGAUGACGGGGGCCGUAAGAAGGCAGAGGAGUUGAAUGCGCAGGAGCUCAUACUCCAACAAGUCAACCAAGUACUUCUCAUUGAUCAGCAGGCUAACGCUGCCGCCAAUGAGAUGGACAAUGUCUUACGUGCAGUGGCUUUUGCGCAAGAGAAGCCGGAUAGGAGUACCGUUAUCUUGGUCGUACAACAGAUCAUAGUCAGCAUUGAGCUCGAGGCUCGAGCUGAUAACGGGGGCCGAGAGAGAAGGAAGGUCGAUGCCAAGAUCUUCAAACAAGAACUUAUCGUAGCGAACCGGGGCAAGCAGGAAACUGAGACUGUAAUGGUCUACAAUCCCCGCACCCUCACUGCUACUAAAGGUGUCGCCCAACCUGGUGCUACCGAGGCUGCAAAUGCGACUGUUCCGGCUGAAGCACUCGCGACACAGACGGUCGCCGCCGUGCUCUACGACGCGAGACCUACGUAUACAAAGAUUGAGGAGGAUCCUGCCGCUGCUAUGCGCGCCGCAAUGGACGCAGCUCUCGAGGAAAGAAAAAAUGCUGAAAUCAGGGCGAACGAUGUGGAAUUGAGUGUCCAGAUCGCUGUCGAGAUCAAGGUGAAAAUCGAGGUCAACAACAACAACAAUGAUAAGAAGGAUGGGAAAGACGAUAAGAAGGACGAGGAGCAGAGGAAGAAGGAAGAGGAGCAGAAGAAGAAGGACGAGGAGCAGAAGAAACAAGAUGAGCAGAAGAAGCAAGACGAGGAGCAGAAGAAACAAGAUGAGCAGAAGAAGCAAGACGAGGAGCAGAAGAAACAAGAUGAGCAGAAGAAGCAAGACGAGCAGAAGAAGCAAGACGAGCAGAAGAAGCAAGACGAGCAGAAGCAGCAAGACGAGCAGAAAGCAGCAAGACGAGCAGAAGCAGCAGGAUAUGCAGAAGGAAGAAUAAGAGUAGACUUAGCUAGAGCAGGAGGACAAGCGGUCUUGGAAGGAAGCCAAACAGGAGCGGAGGCAGGAAGGGUGGUAGUCUAAGCGGCAUAAGAAUAACGUGUGGGAGAAAGCUUAAAGUAAGACUAAUGCUAGCACUAGGUGGGAAGAGCUUGUUGGAUACCAAGCACGGUGGACGGCUUGAAGAUAAUAGUUGUGUAGCAGAGCGCUCUAGCUAACUAGGUAAUCUAACACUAAAUAUAGUUUAAAUUACUUUAUACUAUAGUUAAAGUUUAACCUCCCUAGUGCUCUUUAACCUUGUGAUU